AUGGCCACGGGUCACGACUCUGCAGAUGAAGCCAGAGGAACCCUGGAAGGCAAGCUCAUUGACAUGAGUGAUUGUGACGAAAAGGAGGAAGUUCCAGAGGAACUGAUGCUGGGGAAGAAACUCCACAUGGAAGGCAUUCGUGGAGAAAUGUGUUACCAGGCACACCUCCACUUGUCGGUCACCUGCAAGUUUGAUGAGCUUGCCGUGUACUCUGUCUUCAACCAGCUUGUUGGUAAAAUAGCAGGCAAAGCCACAGAUGGCAUUUCUCAGUUUGUCGCUGGAGCACGGGGCUGUGGGGGCCAGUUCCGCAGGCUUCAGGCUGAGAGGAGAGGCGUAAAGAGCUUUGAGCUGACGCAGACGCCUGCUGGCUGGGGAGCUGGACAGCCAGUCAUGGCAGAUUUUGUGCCUUUGCCCUACCACGGGGCGGUGGAAAAGGGGCUUCAGGAGCAAGGCUCAGCAGAGUUGCCGUUUCUCUGUCUCUCUCUGUCUCUCUCUCUGUAGCCUGAGAACCUCCUAUACACCUCCAAAAGGCCCAACGCCAUUCUGAAACUCACCGAUUUUGGCUUUGCCAAGGAAACCACCAGCCACAAUUCUUUGACCACUCCUUGUUAUACGCCGUACUAUGUGGCUCCGGAAGUGCUGGGUCCAGAGAAGUAUGACAAGUCCUGUGACAUGUGGUCCUUGGGUGUCAUCAUGUACAUCCUGCUGUGUGGGUAUCCCCCCUUCUACUCCAACCAUGGUCUUGCCAUCUCUCCGGGCAUGAAGACUCGCAUCCGAAUGGGCCAGUAUGAAUUUCCCAACCCAGAAUGGUCCGAAGUGUCAGAGGAAGUGAAGAUGCUUAUCCGGAACCUGCUGAAAACAGAGCCCACGCAGAGGAUGACCAUCACGGAGUUUAUGAACCACCCCUGGAUCAUGCAAUCCACAAAGGUCCCUCAGACCCCACUGCACACCAGCCGGGUCCUGAAGGAGGACAAGGAGCGGUGGGAGGAUGUCAAGGAGGAGAUGACCAGUGCCUUGGCCACAAUGCGCGUCGACUACGAGCAGAUCAAGAUAAAAAAGAUUGAAGAUGCGUCCAAUCCUCUCCUUCUGAAGAGGCGGAAGAAAGCUCGGGCCCUGGAGGCCGCGGCCCUCGCUCACUGAGCCUCUGAGCCCAUCCCACUGCACGGCAGGGCAAGCAAUAACUCUCGACCUGGAUAUAUUUUUUAAACGAAGAGACACAGAACUGUCCCGUUUCCGCCUCCCCUCCUCCUCGGCGGCAUGGAGUCCAGAGCCCCAUCAGAGGCUGAAUCCUGCCUUUGGUUCCAAACGAACGGCCACCUCAGAGACGGGGAGGCCGGGAGGUUGGGGGUGGCGUGGAGAGAGAAGGGAGCAAGAUGCUCUUGAACCCGUGCUCAUUUUGCAAUUCUGUCAGUAAUUUGACUUAGAAUUUUUAUGAAACUUCUUUUAUUGUUCCUUGCCCCACUCUGCCCUCCU